GAAUAUAUCUUAUCUAAGAAACGAAGGAAACCCACUCGGAGUCGGAGUAAGAAGUUCUCCGACACAACUCAACUGACCAGAAUGUCCGGUAGAGAAGAAAAUAUAGUGCUGUUCCCGUUCAUGGCUCAAGGCCAUCUCAUCCCUUUCUUAGCCUUAGCUUUACAGAUUCGACAACGAACUGGCUGCAUCGUUACCGUCGUUAACACACCCCUCAAUAUCAGGAACCUCCGAUCGUUGCUCCCUCCAAGCACCUCCAUUCGCCUUGUCGAGCUCCCUUUCCGCAGCCAAGAUCAUGGGCUCCCACCGGAGUCGGAAAACACCGAUUUGCUACCUCCCACUCACGUCAUCCGCCUCGUCUAUGCUUCUUUCUCCCUAAAACCAUCCUUCAAGCGCCUCAUCUCCGACAUCACUCAACAACAAGGUCAUCCUCAUGUGUGCAUAAUUGCUGAUAUGUUACUCGGAUGGACUGUCGAAGUUGCAAACGAUCUGGGGAUACUUCAUUUCGCGUUCAUCACCGGUAGCGCAUACGGCGUGGCCAUAUUCUUCUCUCUUUGGUUGGAGUUGCCUCAUCGGCGAACGGAAUCCGACGAGUUCUCGUUGCCCGAUUUCCCUGAAGUGUCUCGAGUUCACCGGUCACAGCUCUCUGCCGCUCUUCUGAACGCUGAUGGUACUGAUUUCUUGUCCAUCUGUAACCAGAAAAAUGCCCGUCUCACGUUGAUGUCCGAUGGGUUCUUAAUAAAUACUGUGGAGGAGAUGGACAAGAUUGGGUUGGAACAUUUAAGGAGGAAAACAGCCCGAAAGGUUUGGCCGAUUGGUCCUACAUUUUCUUACUUCAUAAACAAACCUCGUAUCAGUCAAGCAGAUGAUGCCGUAAGGAAUUGCUGUGUCAAAUGGCUUGACACUCAUCCUAUAAAUUCAGUUCUAUAUGUGUCUUUUGGUUCGCAGAAUAGUAUCUCCCAUUCCCAAAUGAUGGAACUGGCAAAGGGCUUGGAGGCAAGCGGCAAAAUUUUCAUUUGGGUUCUUAGGUCACCGAUCGGAUUCAACGUUAAUGAGGAGUUCAGAAGUAAAGAGUGGCUGCCGGACGGAUUCGAAGAACGAAUGAGAGAGAGCAAUCAAGGGCUACUAAUCCGCAGAUGGGCGCCUCAAUUGGAAAUUCUGUCACACAAUUCUACUUGUGCAUUUCUUAGCCAUUGUGGUUGGAAUUCAGUGCUGGAAAGUUUGAGCCAGGGUGUGCCGAUAAUAGGUUGGCCAUUGGCUGCAGAGCAAUUCUUUAACUCAAAACUGUUGGAGGAGGAGAUGGAGGUGUGCGUUGAAGUUGCAAGAGGGAAUAGCUGCGAGGUCGGACACGAGCAGAUUGCGAGCGUGAUCGAAUUGGUGAUGGGUGGGACUGAGAAAGGGGAGAACCUAAGAAGGAAAGCCUGCGCAGUGAAGGAGAUGAUAGAGGACGCUGUCAAUGAUGAUGAAAGUUACAAGGGCUGUUCUGUCAAGGCCAUGGACGAAUUUUUUUAUUUCUGUAGGAGGAAGAUUGAGUGAGGAAUUGCACAGUGUGCGAAUACUAACUACUCGUGCUCCCAUUUCUGUAGGAGGAAGCUUUUCGAACACAUCUUCUGUUACUGUUAUCGCAGCAAUUCCUUGUGAUCCCAGUAAAAUGAGUCCAGAUGAGCUACAAGCACUCCUUAAUUGCUUAAAGACUUGCUUUCCAUGUUCAUCGCAAGUGAAAAAAGAAAUGCUAUUUAUAGGUAUGGAGAAAAUAAGGUAAUUGAUAAUUUGAUAUGAAAAUCACCUAUCCCUUUUAUUUUUCUGUUUUCUUGGGCAAAAAGAGCAGAACUUAUGUUAUCUCCUUAACAGAUGAUACAUGUAAUUCAUUGAGGGUUAACAGAUUAGUAAAUUGGUUCCCCUGCUACAUGUUAGUCGCUAAUUGGUGAGCUAAUACAUUAUGCUGUCUAUUUAUAUAGUAUAUUUGACGUAUUGCAAAAAAGGCUUCAAGCUCCAGCACUGUGUCUCUGUACAGCUUGUGUUUCCAAAUGUAUAUAGCAGAAGAUCUGGUCAAAAUAUGCAAAAUAACUAGUGCUUCACAAAAAAUUGCUAGCUGUUUAAUAUUUUUCUUCUUGGCUUCCUGAAGACCCAGCAUGAUAGCUUGCCAUUCAGCUUCAAAUGGAUUCUGAUCUGAGACCCUGUGUCCUGAUGUUGCUAGCUAGUAUUUUUGCAUGAAUUUUUGAUAAUUCAUAUGAACUGGUAGCUCGAGUAGUACAUAUGAAUUUUUGUGUCCUGUUAAAGUUAAAAAAUUAAGACUUCAGACUGCUCAUAUGAUUUGUCAAUAAUUACCAUACAGUGUUAGAAUAAGAAUGGUGUUAGGUAUUUUAUCUAGCAAUCACCCCUCACUGUGUGAUAUGUGUUGAUAUAUAGGCCAUUCCCUAGAUGGCUAGACAAGCUAUCCGUUUCUAUCAUGUAAUGGGAAGAUGUAGCAAACUGAUACUAUCCAUCAUAUGGGAGACUCUUAUGAUUCAUGUGUUAGUAGUCCAUAGCAUUAUGCCAUCGCUUAUCAAAGUUUUCCACAAGUAGUUUAGCCAGUCAAAGUUUUCAUCCUCUUCUUCUAUUGUUACAGAGACAAUUCACAAAAUCAUUAAAGAUCUCAUGCUGCUUUUCAAUUCUUAACUGAGAAAAAGAAAAUUGAGGAGGAGAAAACAACUAUCAAUAUAGCUAAGAAAAAUUAAUGUAGCAUCUUAGAAAAAUUAUGGUGAGACAAUGAAAUCAGAACCUAAUCUGUAAAAGAUUAAUGUUAGGAGCAAACUGCUGUUUGGGUUAGAUUUGCUUUUCCAAUGCUCUUUUAUUUAUGGUGGUUGAUUAGCAAAUGUUCUGCAAGARCCUAAUAGGUUUGAAAUUCAAUUGCUAUUUAUGUCCUAUAAGUUACUGCAUAAUGUGGUAUGAAUUAUUUCUGUAUCAUAGAAUGUGACAUAUAGAUAUUUGACUUGAUCUUACAAAUGCACUUCAUACACAUCCACGAGAGAAAAAUGAAACAUAUAUCACAUUCCGACCACUUGGAAGCUUUCAGGGUUUCAAAUUGAUGGCUAGAAUCCCCAUCCAACAACUUUUAGUCAAUUUGUUACUGGUUUAGUUUCACAAAGUAUAUUGCUGGUUGGCGGUUAAAAGAGAAAUUUAUUCCUGAGCCACAUACUGGUUUUGUUGUAGUAAGUUUUGAAGGUGUUCAUCACUAGAUAGGCAGUAUGUUUUGAAGGUGUUAUUACUAGGUAGGUAGUAAGUUCUGAAGGUGUUCAUCACUAGGCAGGCAGUAAGAUUUGAAGCAUGUAUUCAUUGUUAUAAAGGAAAAAGGCUAGCAGGAAUUUUUUUUCUCACAUCAGAUCAGAUUUGACUCAUAAUAAGAUACAGUUCUAAUCAGAUGUGUAUCAAAGUCAAAAGAAAAAGAAAGGAAAAAAAGAGGAAAGAGGAAAAUCUACUUUAUGACAAAACAAAGACUUCAUUUUAGAAGAACUCAAAACACAUAUAAAGAUAGCUAAGGUUGGCACCUCUUUCUUUUUUAUUUUUAUACUUAACACAAUUACUUUUAAGUAGGAAAAGAGUAGAUCCAUAGAGUCACUCAUAAGCUGGCACCUCUUUCUUAUUUGAUAGUUUGAAAGAAAAUGUACACAUAUAUAGUCACUCAUUGGCAAGGUAGAAAAGUAACUGGUUUGGUGGAUUUCUAUCUUAUCUGAAUGCAAGGUUUUAGCCUGAAUUCUUUUUCCUAGAACCAUCGGGUGUCUUUUUUCUUUUUUGUUGAAGGAUCAUACAUGUUAUAUUUUUACAUAGUUUUUUGACCACUAGCCACGUAAGGUCAUUGUAUACAAGGCUGGCACCUCUUUCUUUUACUUUUAUACUUAACACAAUUACUUUUAACUAGGGAAAAAGUAGAUCCAUUAUAUUUGAGUAAGAAGGCUUGGUAGAAUGAUUAAAAUUUUCCUUCUUUCGCUGCCAGUGAUUUUUCUCAUGGAUAAGGAAUAUUAAGAUUCCAGCCUCGUAAUGAAGCUGGGUGUUUAUUGGAAUUAUAUUUUGGUAGGUUUUAAGAGAUGCUGAAAAUGUUGAUGUUUCUUUUCUGUGAGGUUGUCUUAGAGACACCUUUGUUCCUUUAGAAGCCUAUGAUGUUAAGACCUUGGAGUCCUGAAUGUAAUAGCUACUUUUCCUUUGGCUGAGUUUGGAAGGAG